AGCUCAGUUGCCCAUCGCCGCGACGACGACGCGGUUGCGCCACGACGACAGACAGACAUACGCACACGUCACCGUACCGGGACACUACCCCGUGAGAGCAGCCACACACGCUGCUCCCUUCUGCCACUUUCCGUUUUCGGCCAGCUCGAGAGUGUUCGACCCCACACCUGCUCGCGGGAGCCUGUGCUACGCUCGCGGUGUCCUCACCGUUCAGUAUCAUUCUGAUCUUUGAACAGCCGCGAUGACGGCGACCAGUAGUUCGCUCUCGUGAGUCCCGACGGACCUCGCGACACGCACGACUCUCUGGAGCAACGUACCCGGAAGAGGAAAGAGUUUCUAAAGUGUCGAGGAUCGACGAGCAGCAUGGGAAGGAAAUCGCAGUGAUACCUGGACCUGCUGAAGAAGCACGAUUAACUGGCGUGGAUCUAGGCUCUCGGGUCCAGCGUAGGAAAUAGCAGAGGCGAGGAAGACUCCGUUGUCCCUGUAAUUCAAUCUCUGUCGCGACGAGAAUGAAAGGAAGCAGUUCCACGAAUCUCCGUGCGUAUCGCUGAGGUCCCAGGGAGAGUUUUGUUCGGUGAAUGAGCCCGUCACGUGCUAUCGCGAGCGUUGAAUAGAAUCCCCAGGACGAAGAUAAGGUUCGAGUUGUCUUUGAACGAGUUCGAGGGAGAACAGCCCCGUUACUCCAACGACGAACACGGGAACCCUGUACCUGAUCACAACGAAAACAACCAUUCAACGAAGAGACUGGACGAUAGUGCGACGUUAGACGCGUAGUUCGUAGACAUUAGAUGUGUUAAAGUGCGAAACGGAACACGGGAUACUCGAUUCCUCGAGGAAGAGGAGCCGCUGGGGUUUGCCGUCGCACGCCGAACGUCCGCGCUGCCCGGAGUUCCUUCGCUCAACGGACCGCAGACUUCUGCACUUACAACGAAGAUAAGUCGAAAACACAACACAGUAAGCUCUCAAUUAAUCCCAGACGGUUAACGUAAUUCGAUCUCGCAACGUUUUCGAUUAUGGAGAUCUAUGAGAACACUUAGGACCGCCGACGGGGUCCACCAGCCUGUUUCGGGAUUUUUACCGCGCGAAGUUGUCGAUAGAAUUUCAUACUCUACUGGAUCGUUUAGUUAACGAUCGUUCCGUGGCGGGCCUACACUAGAAAUUCAAUCCCCGAGCGAUCCUAGAGUCGACGGAAACACUGGAAGCGAUGCGAUCGCUCGUCGCAAACCGUCGGACGCCGAGCACUCGCUAUGCCAGGGCCUAGCCGCGACAGCAGCUAAGCUCCAUCGCGUUUCAUCGUUCAUUUCCCUGUCUUUUACCGUCUACGAGCAUCGAAUCAGUCCCACGUACGGUCCAACGAAUCACGAUACUCGCUGUUCGAGGAUUGCCAGCGACUCACGACGAAUGUUCCUAAGAAUCGAGGCGUGAUCUUCCAACCUGAAUAGUAGAUAGAAGACCCCAAUCGAAAAACAACGAUAUCCCUCGAAUCCUGUUCUCUCAACGCGUCGAAUCGGAGUGCUCCUCCGAGACAGAGGUGGGUGGAUUUUGAGAGAUAAAACGAAGUCACUAACGAGGAUCCGCGAGAGGAUGUCAUUUUGAGCCCGGAUUGUUGACAAACAGCUCGAAGAUGCCGCAGCGAUCGCCGUUCGCGAUCCAGGAGCUGCUGGGCCUGAACGGCGCCGGAAACGGAAGCGGAACCGAUCGCGGUUCACCCCAAGCGUCGCCGCCGGCUGGCGUCUCGGCGGUCUCGUACGCGCCAACGGCGCCUCAUCACAAACUAUGGGACUAUAUGCCCAGCCUGACGAACCAUCUGGGCAAUCUCGGCAAUCUUGGAAAUCUGGGCAACCUCACGGCCUCGCGGAUGGCCUACCUGAACGCGCAGGCGGCCGUCGCGGCUGCCUUCCUGCCGCCUCCACACCCCCACCCCGCUCACCACGUACCCCAUCAUCAGGUACAUCAGCCGGGACAGCUUCCUGCAUCGCCGGCCGGCGUCAACGUGCAUCCGGCUGCACACGCGCAGCACGUACUUCCGGGAACCGCCGUCACCGCGAAUCAUCAUCAGCACAGUCCAAGUCAGCACACGCCACCCCAUGGAUUCUCUCAGUCCAAGAGUUCGUUCUCAAACCCCAGUCCAGGUGUCGGGCACAACAUAGAUUCAGGAAAGGACUUCACGGUCGACGGUCUCUCUGGCUUCAGCAAAAAGAAAAAGAAGAAGCGCCGUCAUAGCUCCAGGACGAUCUUCACGUCGCAACAGCUGGAGGAGCUGGAGGCAGCCUUCAAGGAAGCCCAUUAUCCCGACGUCUAUGCUCGCGAGAUGCUCAGCCUCCGAACCGAUCUGCCCGAAGACAGGAUACAGGUGUGGUUUCAAAACCGGAGAGCAAAAUGGCGCAAAACGGAGAAGUGUUGGGGCAGAAGCACCAUAAUGGCGGAGUACGGUCUGUACGGAGCGAUGGUACGACACUCUUUGCCACUUCCUGAGACCAUCCUGAAGAGCGCCAAAGAGAACGAGUCGGUAGCGCCGUGGCUGCUAGCUCAAUCAUCUAAGACGAGCAGCUUUAGUCAAGAUAUCGAAAAUAAUCAAGAACUGAUUGACUGUGGCCCCGCAGGGAUGCACCGGAAGUCAAUCGAAGCGGCGGAGCAUCUCAAGUCUGGCGGCGAGGACAGCGGAAACGACCACAACGGAAGCGGAAGCAGCCCCCAUCAUAGCCAUCACCAAGGCGGACCGACCAGCUCCGAGAGCGGACAAGAAAGUCAGGAUGGCAUGGGGCCUUCGUCGUCUUCAGGAAUGGUCCAGGACACGGAGCAGCUCAGGAACGAGAGCAUCGCCUGUUUGAGGGCGAAAGCCCAGCAGCAUCAACUGCAACUGAGCCUCCAGCCCACGGCGGCGCCCACCAGUAGCGCGUACCCGCCGGGUCCCCCGUCGAGCACGCUUCACGCCUCCGUUUAAUCGCCGUUUCGACGAUUUUCCCGCAAAUCAUCGAACCCAAGAAGUCGUUCAACAACUUAGAGGAGAAGACAGUCCAUUUCCGAUCGAUCAGCCGCGGAGAAGUCGAUCCAACUGGCUCUGCGAAUCCAGCAGGCGACGCCUCGAGACGCGAACGAGAGAAAUUAUUCGAGUUAUUGUUGGCAGCAUUUUUUUUUUUUUUUUUAAAUGUUCUUUCGAGAUGAUCGAGAACGAUCGAUUGACAGAGAAAAUCGCCCAUGCGAGGACGGAGCUGCCACAAAUAGAAUCACGGAGACUGAUCUCGACGGAGUAUUGUGGACGUAUGAGAAGAUGAGUCCCGAAGGGUACCAUGGGAUAAGAGAGACUGCUUCUUGACGCUGUCUGUGGACUGCACGCGGUCCAGAGGAGCUGCCUACCGGGAGAUGUGCAAACGACACACCACCACCGACACCCCACACAACGAAUACUUUGCAUCCGGCUGCAUCAUCGAAGCGAUAGUCGAUAUCGCACAGGGCCUACUUCACGCUUUCCUCGUAUCACCCUCGAACUAGAUAGGACAAUGUCGAUCGCGAGGGGAAACGGACAACGGGAAUUACUUCGAGUCGGUCCUCAUCAACGAAACGGUGGCCUAUGGACGGCCGGUACAAUGACAAAUCAUCGAUCGCGAAGCGUGGAAGGCUUUCCAGACGUCGGCGUCGGCUCGAUUAUCGCGAUUUCAGAUUCGAGGAGUCUAUGUCGUUUAACUCGACAGGGGGAGUUAACCUCAUCUGUCCUCGGAUUUAGGGUUGUGCAACGUGUAAACAUUGGAGCUAUUGCAUUCUUUUUUCGUAAGAAAGAAUAAUUGAAUCCAAAUGAAAAUUAGGAAACACUCGCAUCGAAGUGUAAAGCAAACCUAAAUCUGAGGAGAAGUUUGGGUCCUGUCCUUGUCAGGAUUGAUCUGACGCGAGUAGCCGACGAGGUGGAUCGCCACUAACUAUUUAGGAGUUAUAGCCGCUUUAAAUAGUGCGUGUAUAUGUGUAAUAUAUACUAUAGGAAUUGUAUUAUGCAUUACACAUAUACGUAUAUAAAUAUAUACAUAGGUACGACGACGCACGCUCGUGUGUGUGUAUGUGUGCUGCAUCGAGAUAUUGAGUACAGCGAAGAGGUCAGUCUGGUACUUUGAGCCAUAAAAUUACUGUUAGCAUUUUUUUAUAUAAGAUAGAUCAAUCGAAUCUGAAUGAGAGUUAGCGGACGUAUACCUCUUUUAAGACAGACAAUUUCAAGCUGGUCGUGAAUGAAUUAAUGUCAUGUAUAAUUAUCCUCGAAAUCACCAGACUGUUCUCCGAAUUCAGGAGAGUGUGUUUGAGUAUGAUGAAACGAACAUUGCGCCUUUUGGAGACCACCGAACUAGCAACGAACGACGGAUCGAACGAAUCACCGUGACGAGUGAAACGAAUAACGAAUUAGAAGCCACAGACACAUCGAACAUGACUUCGAAGACGCCUCGGGGGCGUCGUCGAACAAUCCUCCGGGUCUUCGAAUAACGAUAGACUCGCGAGGAAUUCUGAAUGCGAGAAUCCUGGAUUUAUUUCAUCGAUAACGCGUGAGUGAUGUGUACAUGAAUGAAUGUGUCGUGGACACCGCGAGAUAGCGUGUACACGAGAAACUGUUUAUUAGCGAACACUUCCUAUACCCCCAAGUACUUAAAGAAGAACGUAACUGUUGUCAAAUGUGCAAUAUGUCGGUAUAAGUUCUAGCUCGUUAAGGCAUUAUACUUUAUUUACGGAUCCACCUACGUGAGGUGGUCGUCGAAGUAACGACGCCACGAUGGACGAUCGACUCGUUGCUGAUCGGGACCAGGGAUGGGCAGAAUUCUUAUCCGAAUAAAAAUUUCGAGUAACGAACGAGAGGCUUUCGUCCUUUGCGCGUUGAAUAAAAAUUAGAAUUUAAAUUAUUCGCACUUAAUAGGCGAAGUCUCGAAAGAGGACAAUGUUCAUUGGUCUUCGAGCAAUAUUUUGAUUCCUCGACGUUUCGGCCUAAUGGAACAGGCUCUUACAGGGAAUUAAAAUUGUAUAACACUAAUACGAUUAAUUUUGCCUGUCUCUGGUUAACAUUGAUCGUAGGAUGUGGAUUGUAAAAUGAAAUGGAGUAACUUUGGGCCGACAUGACUGGAGGUCGCGUUGCAUUCUGGAGUGAACGAAACCGACUAGUUGUUUGUUACAUAAUUUAGGAGCCAAGAUAGAUCGUUCUCGCGGGCCAUUCUUGGGACUGUGUAUUGUUAAAAAGUGUAAAAAAGAAAGAUGAAAUUUGUCGGUGUAAUUCCUCUGAUCUAUUUCGCAUCCCACGGUUAACGAAAAGCACAGAAGUGGGCAAAAUUUUAUUUCAAUAAUAUACGACGAAUAAAUCAUAAAACAUCCUAUAACGAUUCAUUUGCGAACUAUAUACUCGAGUAACUUUUUAACCCUUCAACGUGAACUGUGUGUAAUUAUAUUUUCAUUUAACAGAUCGAAAUACAUCUUUUAUUCGUGACUGGAAAUUUGUAUCUAGACAAGAAUUUUGCCCAUCCUUGCCAAAAUGCCGAACUCUAUUUGUAAUUUUUAUUCCUCCACUUCGAAGCGAGUCCUCUCUGCCGCGAUGGCGUCGUUACCUUACCCCCACCCACUGUAUAUAAAUAUAUAAAUACAAAGUAUACAUAUAUAAAUAUAUAUAUAUAUAUAUAUAUAAAGAAAUAUAAAUACGAAUAUAUGUGGUUGCGAGGCACGCUAAGUCGGACGAGUCUCUUUGCAGUUUUACGUUGACAGAGUCGGUCCAGCGAUCGGCCAUUUUGCACAACCCCGAGUUUCUCGAGUCUUGCUUCCUUUUGCACGUUCCUUUACGAUUAAUUUGCUUGAAUGACGACAGCGAUUCCCAGAUCCGAGAGGAAAAAGCUUCGACGAGCAGAGGGUUUCGUUCGUCUUAGACCCACCGGAUUAUUACACGUAUCGUAACGCACUAUAAUUUAAACGAAUCAAAUACGGGAUGAGGUAACCACAUGCUCCACGGAGGCAAGAGUGAAACGAAAUGACGAAAAUUGGAACAACGGCCGUUGUAUGUGAGACACACACAUUUAACGACGCUCGUCGAAUCGCAAGCGAACUCCCUGUAUCUGAAUGCCCCAACGCAUGCAUAGUAGUCGGCUAGUGUAUGUAAUAAAUAAAGUUU